UUAAUAAAUAAAGUUAUAUUUAAAACCAUAAACCAGAAAUUGUAAACCAGUUACAUUGAAGAUGAUGUUAGUUUAAAAAAGAGUCAUCAGUUUGCUUAUGCGUUCUUGUGUGUGUUUCCCUUCAUGUUUAUGUUUUGCUUCUUGCUUUAUGCACUUACAACCCGGUAACCUGUUUUCAUGUUUAUUCUCAUUUAUUUUUAUUAACUUAUCAAAACUAAUCAACGUAUCAAUAGUUGACCAAUGAUAGACCCAUUUAACGACAAUCCAUCUUUUUUAUAUUAACUAGUGAUGUUUACAAAUUACCAUUGCGUUAUUUAGAAUAAUCUGGUGCAUAAAACAUCACCACAACAACCACUUCACCAACACAAACAUAAACUCCUUAUGUUGAGAUUAUAAAUGUACCUUGAUGCUUAAAUUGUUCUUUCGAUUUAAUUUAACUGUUAAACACAUUAGGCGUUCAAUCCUCUUCUAUAAGAUCAACUACACUACCAGAUUGCUUUGAAACUGUCAACUAUCAACGUCCUUUUCUACACGAUUUUCUGUAUCUUCAGUAAAAAAUUGAUUUCCCUUUAAAUUUAUCUCGGUAAAUCAAUCCCUUUAGUUUCAAUUGUUUGUUCCAAGUUAACAUUUUGCCGUUGCAUAUUAACUCUAGACAAUUGAAUAUGAAUUGCAUCGAGAGAGCCCAGAGUGCACCAAAAAAUGAACCAAAAAUCUGUCAAGUUCCUCACGUAAAUAUUGGUAUUGAGGACAUGGAAAAACGGGAAGAAACUCUUUUCAACGAAACCUUUGAUGUUAUAACGGAAAAGUUAACAAAUAACGUUAACCCGGACUUGAGACGAGUUUCAACCUGGCUUAAACAGGUUCUCGUCUACAAUGUGCCUCACGGUAAAAAAAAUAGAGGAAUGGCUUUAGUUCUUGCCUAUCAAGUAUUGAAAAAGAACAAGAAAUUGGAUUCAGACAAAUCUUAUCAAGCUCGAAUACUUGGCUGGUGCAUUGAGAUACUCCAAGCUUUUUUCCUCAUCCAUGAUGAUAUAAUGGAUCAAUCAUUGACCCGUCGCGGUCAACCCUGUUGGUACAAGAAGGAAGAUGUCGGUUUGAUCGCAAUCAACGAUGGUAUUCUUCUGAACAGUUGUAUUUAUUCCCUUCUCAGGGAAAAUUUUUCAAAAGAACCUGCUUAUCUACAAAUAAUGCAUCUCUUCCAUGAGAUUACCGAUUUAACAAUUAAAGGUCAAUGUCUUGACAUGCUGAAUUCAACGCCUGAAAUGAAGAAGAAUCCCUCCGCCUUUACUCAAGAUGUAUACUCUGCCAUCGUGAAAUACAAAACUGCCUUUUAUAGCUUCUCACUGCCCAUUCGAUUGGCUUUUUACUUAGUUGGAAUCGUCCAAGAAGAAGUUCAUGAAAAAGCUGAAGAGAUUUUGCUCAAGUUUGGCCACUUCUUCCAAGUUCAAGAUGAUUUCCUUGAUUGCUAUGGAGAUCCCGCUGUAAUCGGAAAGAUUGGCCGAGAUAUUGAAGAAGGAAAAUGUUGCUGGCUGUUUGUAACCGCAUUAAAAUUAUGUAACGAGGAGCAAAAGAAAAUAUUAUUGGAAAAUUAUGCUAUUGAGGAUGUCAAAAAUGUCGCCAAAGUCAGAGAAAUUUAUGAUCAGUUGAACAUGAGAAAAGUCUAUCAAGAUUACGAGGAACAAUCAUAUCAAGAAAUUAAAUCUCUCAUUGAGAAAUUUGAAUAUCCUCAGCAAGUCCCGCUCGAUGUAUUUCACUGGUUGCUCAAGAAAAUCUACCGCCGAAGUAAAUAAGCAAGCAAAUUGGCCAAUAAAAGCGCAAAUCUAAAGGACAAAUCUAGAUUGAAACUCAAACAAGACUUAAAGUUAAUGAUUAUCUAAUUGAUUAUCAAAUUAAUAAUUUCAUUGAUCUUGUUCAAGCCAAAGCCGAUACAGUCAAGCUUGAAAUAAUCAAUCUCUUUAUCCCAAAUGAACCCUCAACAUUUCACAAUUAUCAUUGUUGUGCAAUUUCAGCUUAUUCAUUUCGUUUUUUUGUUACGAUUAUCUUUUGUUAAAGUCACUACGAAAUUUCCCUUUUAGUUAAAUACACCUUUUUUAUAACUUAAAUUUGUGUAAAAUUAAGAGUAAAUUAAAAAUCUAGAAUUAUUCCAUGUCUUAA